GAAAAUGGCCGACAGGUUUUCCAGGUUCAACGAAGAGCGUGAUUUCCAGGGUGGGAAUCAUUUUGACCAGUAUGAGGAGGGCCAACUGGAGUUGGAACAGGCAUCCUUGGACAAGCCCAUCGAAUCGCGAAUUGGCCCCUAUUAGCUAAGCAGCAAUGACCCGCCCAGUAUUUUAAAGCCAGGAUAACAUCGGGCACCGACUGCUUCAGAAACAUGGCUGGAAGUUGGGGCAAGGCCUGGGCAAAACCAUGCAGGCGAUUUGAUCCUGCCCAUGUUGUGCUGAUGGUAAACUUAGUGGACGCACUGACCCUGUGCCCAUCAUCCUCAAAUAUGAUGUCAUGGGGAUGGGACGAAUGGAAAUGGAGCUGGACUAUGCAGAGGACGCCACAGAAAAGAGACGAGUGCUCGAGGUGGAGAAGGAGGAUACGGAAGAACUCCGACAGAAAUAUAAGGACCAAGUGGAAAAGGAGAAAGCCAUUGCCAAGGCUCUGGAAGACCUGAGAGCCAACUUCUACUGCGAGCUGUGUGACAAACAGUACACCAAACACCAGGAGUUUGACAACCACAUCAACUCUUACGACCAUGCCCACAAGCAGAGGCUUAAGGAGCUGAAGCAGAGGGAGUUUGCGCGGAAUGUGUCAUCCCGUUCCAGGAAAGGUGGAAAGAAGCAAGAGAGGAUGCUCCGCAGGCUACAUGAGCUGGCCGAGCAAAGGAAACAGCAAGACCGCACUCCAGGAAGUGGGCCCAUGUUCAAAACCACAACUGUGGCUGUGGAUGAAGAGAGGCCAGAAGAUGGUGACAGCACUGUAUCUGAGAAUGUUUCUCUGACAAACAGCAUCACAGAGGGUUUGUUGGGAGACAAGAGUGAGCAGGCGUCCCCAAAGCCAGGCCCCACUAUCAGCUUCUCUCUGGGCAAGAGCAGCUCCUCCUCCCCAACCCCAACUGGAGCAUCCAAAGUCAGCGUGUCCUUCUCCUUCGCCAAGAAAGCCCCAGUGAAACUAGAAACCGCAGCUGCCGUGUUUGCUGACCACGGUGAGGAGGUCAUGGAGGGCGAGGAGGGACAGGAGGGUGAGCGGGCCAGUGGACAAGAGGAAGCCUGCAACACAGACAGCCCCAAGGGAGCAACGGAAGGAGGUGAUGGAGGAGAAGGUGGUGCUGCGCUGGGGACAGAAGACACGCAGCAGCAGGAUGACGGCGCCUCUCUGGCUUCCACUCUCAAUAAGCUGAAGAUGAUGAUGAAGAAGGAGGAGGGUUAUGCUGGACAGGAGCCUCAGUAUUACCACUACAUACCCCCAGCACACUGCCGUGUGAAACCCCACUUCCAGUUUCUGCUUUUCAUGAAGGCCACUGACCAGUGUGAAAGCAAGGAGGACGACGACGACGACGAAGAAGAUGAGGAGGUGGAGAAAAAAACUGAGGAAAGUUCUGAGCAGACUGAGGCUGACAUUUCAGCGUGCAAGACUGAGGAGCCAGGGAAAGCUGCUUCAACCAGUGCUCCAGAGCCAAACCCUUCAUCACCCGAAGUGAAGACAGAGGAGCGUUCUUCCUGUGCAAUGGAGACUGCUUCUACUACAACACCUGAAGAGACAGAGAGCAAGCAGGACACUACGGACCCCAACCUUGGCCCCAAAAUCCCAACUGGUCCCUUCUUCCCUGUCCUAAGCAAAGAUGAGAGCACCACCCUACAGUGGCCCUCGGAACUGCUUGAAUUCACAAAGGCUGAGCCCUCUCUGUCUUACAGCUGCAAUCCCCUUUACUUUGAUUUUAAGCUGUCUCGCAACAAAGGACCACGUGGUGGGAAAGCGGGCAAGUCCCCCAAGCCUUGUGAAGAAGGCACCGAGAAAGAACCAGGAACGGCUGCCUUACUGUCUGAGACAGACACUGCCACUAACCCUGGACCCAGCACUAACAAAGAUGAACCUGUGUUAAAGGGAGAGUCUGGUCAGUCAGAAGGGGAUGAGCAAAAGCCAGGAACUGGAAGCAGUGGUGCUAAGAAGAAGAAAAAGAAGAAGAAGCAUAGGAAGUCUGCAAAGCGCUCCAAGCGCAAAGGAAGAGAAAAAGGAAUGGCAGAGGGUGGGGAAGCAGAAUUGGAGGUCAUGGGAGAAAAGCCCAAAAAGAAGAAGAAACACAAACGAAAAAAGAGUAAAAAUAAAGUGCAAGACGCAACAGGGGACGAACAGGAGAGAGCAAAGCCAAAAGGGGAGGACAAAGUUUCCUCUGCUCAGAUGAUAACUGGUGCAGUAGCAGCUACAGGAACAGAACCAGGAAAGAGGAAACGUUCCGCCAAGGAAGUGCACUCCAAGUCUACGGUAGAGGAAGGAGGUGCUGGAAUAGGUGCCGAUAGCAAGGCCAAGUCCUCUGAAGAGCACAAUGGCACCAAGAAACAGAGGACCGAUGCUGGCACACCCCAAAGUGCCUCCUGUUCAACCUCAGCUCAGAAAAGUCCUGGUCCGGGCAGACCUCCUAGCAGCGAGAGUGAAGAGGAGGGAGGUUCCACUGCACAGCGUUCACGCCAUCGCCGGUCAAGUCCCCGGGAACAGCGGCGACACCGUAGUGAGGACUCGGGCCGCUCCCACAGCCGCUCUUCACGGCGAGGGGAGAGACGGGGUAGUAGUCGGCGGCAGCAGCGUGGCCAGGCCUCUCGCAGUCGCUCAUACUCAAGCAGUUCAGAACGCUCCUCAGCUGGCAGCAGUGCCUACAGCCACCAUAGCCACAGCUACUCUGACAGCUACAGUGACUACAGCAACAAAGGCCACCGGCGGAGGCACUCCAAACAGUCAUCAGACUCUGAGUAUGAACGAAGGGGCAGCAGAGAGCGUCGCCGGCGCUCGCGGAGACACCACUACUCCUCAUCCUCCUCAGAGGAGUCACGCUCACGCUCCCGCAGUCACAGCCGCAGGAAGAGGCACAGGCGGCGGCGUCGUAGUAGUUCCCGGAGCUCCAGUAGCCGGAGCCGCAGCAGCAGCACCCGGUCAUGGAGGCGGAGCUACAGCCGGAGCCGCAGCUCAGCCAGUCGCUCCUCCAGCUCCACCAAGGGCUCCCCCCACCGACGUACCCAUAGAAGCCGUGGAGACAGCGAUACACAUCGGAGGGACUUCAACCGCUCCCGUAUCUACCGCUCACAGUCUCCUCGCUCCACGUCAGCAAGAGGUACCAACCGCAACAGCCACUCAUCCACCUCGCAGGGCCUGAGGCUAGGGGUGUCUCGUGAUGCAGGGGAGCAGAGGAACUCCCUGACGGCUCGCCAGCUGCUGGAGAAGGUCCAGUCUAAAAAAGGCUCUGAUGACUCAGCCCCAGGAUCUAAGUCGGGCGUUAAGAUCAAGGACCCACCACAGGGCUACUUUGGCCCAAAACUGCCCCCUGCCCUAGGAAACAAAGCCAUGUUGCCCCUCUUUGGUAAGCUCCAGGCAGGGAAGAAGCCUAUAAUUCCCCUAACCAGACCUGAAGAGGGAGAAAAGUCAGCAACAGGGAAAGGCUUUGAGGCAGAAAGAGAAGUAAUCCUGGUGGAGCCGAUAAGGGAGUUCCCCCCGCCACCGCCACCUCCUGCUCCGCCAGUCCAGAAGGUUGAAGAGGCCCCACAAAACACAGUUGUGCAAGAAGAGGUACAGCAGCAAAAUCCUGAAGCACAGGUACAGCACGAGGCCCGGCCCCUCUUUGAGCAGGAGCCCUCCAUGCUGAUGCCCCAGUACCAGGGAGAGGCGGCGCAGGACCCCUCUCAGAACACCAUGAUGGAGCCGCUUAUGCCUGAUAUGCAGCAGCAGCACUCCAUGCAUGCCUAUCCCGCUUAUCCCCCACCCAGCCUGGAGGAGGAGGGCAUGGAGGAUGAGGAGGAUGGCCUGGCUCCUCUGGAGAGUCAGCCCAUCACCUUCACCCCUGAGGAGAUGGAGAAGUACAGCAAGCUGCAGCAGGCCGCCCAGCAGCACAUCCAGCAACAGCUCCUGGCCAAGCAGGUGAAAACCUUCCCCUCGGCUGCCGCUGCCGCUGCUGCUGCCGCCAACCUGGCCCCAGCUCCACCUCCCCCCACCCUUCAGCAAAUCCACAUCCAGCAGCCAGCUGCUUCAGUUGCCUCAGCCACCUCCAUCACCACUGUGCAGCAUGCUAUCCUGCAGCACCACGCAGCCACUGCUGCAGCCAUGGGUAUCCACCCAGCACAUCCCCAUCACCCCCACCCUGCCCAUGCACAGCUGGCCCAGGUACACCACAUUCCUCAGCAUCACCUUACCCCCAUCUCCCUUUCUCCCCUGGGCCACUCCCUCGGUCAUUCUCUGGGACAUUCGCUGGGACAUGCUGGUUUGAUCCCCGCCCACCCCACAGCCUUCCUGUCUGGGCAACCCAUACACAUUAUCCCAGCCUCUGCACUACAUCACACCCCCUUAGCCCUCCAUCACGUCCCACACACAGCCCUGUACCCCACCCUCUUCACCCCCAGGCCCUCACAAGCUGCUGCAGCUGCAGCUCUCCAGCUCCACCCCCUCCUACACCCCAUCUUCUCAGGGCAGGACCUCCAGCACCCCCCUAACCAUGGCUCCUGAUGGAGGAGUUGCACUGAAGUGGUAAAACCAAUGCAACGAGCCAGGAGGGGAAUUUACCGAACGGUUUGGCGGAGACAUGGAAGAGAAAAAUUUGAUGGAGGUCCUGUCGCAACAGUGUGCAGACAGUGACACAUAGGAAGCACGUAGCUUGCCACCAAACCACCAAUGGCUGACAAAAUGCAGUGUUACAGCCACCAAGUGGUACAGCCCACAACUUGGCAACUACAUUUGCUCCUGGCCCUUAUUAAGUUUUUCCUCUGUAAUGGCAAUGCAUUGCCUAGAUAUGUUUCUUAUUAAUGCCAGAGACCCCAAAACGUGUAUACUGACACUGAAAAUAUAAGACACCCAUUGUAAUAAAUGGGAAGCCAGGUCAAGAAUUCACUGGAGUAUUUUUAUUUGCCACAGUUAAUGAUUUUAAAUGUUCUAAACUUGUUUCCUGCAGCCAAAGAGACACAUUGGCUCAAGCCAUGAACAGAACCAUGUUGUGGGAAAGUACGAGAUGGUCAGGAAGUGGGUUUUGAACCAGACAGGAGGAGUUUUCCCUCUGUAAUGUAUUCUGGUUGCUCCAGAAAGUCAGACUGUGUUUGUAAUUCUCUAUACUUUUAUUCUCAUAUGACUACUUGCUUUCUAUUGGUUCCUUGGUCUCGAAAAUUUGUGAUGCGGUAAGUUGUACAUAUUAGUGUGUAAUGUGAAGAAUCCCUCUAAUAUGACACCUAUAUUAAUUUUAUGCAACAAUGCCUAUAUUGGCAUGAAAUUGUCCCAUACACAACCCCAUUUUUUGAGCAAUGGGAAUUAUGCUUUAGGUGGUCCAUAAGCCCCAGCUAUCAGAUGCACUGGUCGUGCUCCCAGUGGUAAGGGUACACCUGAAUGACUUGCACUGAAAUCUGUACAUCAAGAUGCUGCUUUUGCAUCAUGUAACAAUAUGAUUGUAGUAUACUGCAAUAAUUGUAUUUUUCUGUUUUUAAAUUAUUUUCCAAAGUUCCCUUCAGAGGAGUUAUGCUUUUUGUCUAAUUUUGUAAAUAAAAUUGCUGUAGUUAAACCUAAUAACAUUCUAGAGGUUUGACGCUACUGUUGAAAAGGCUGACAAAGAAUAAUGACAAUUUGGAAGGAGAAUGGACAAAUGCAUGUGUUUAACAAGGUUAUUUCUAAACUAUCUUGGCUAGGAUAGGCUGGGAUGUCAGAGGAUCAUGAUCUAUAAAACGGUAGCAGUUGUCUUUUUCAAUCUUGCUAUGCUUCAGCAAAUAAAAUCUUUUGAGUU